AUUUGGAAGUUACUCUUUGUGACAUGGACGAGUCCGCAUUGAACCUUGGUACAAUAGACGUUUCUUACCUGCCAAAUUCAUCUGAAUACAGCGUUGGUCGAUGUAAGCAUGCAAGUGAGGAAUGGGGUGAGUAUAGUUUCAGACCUACUGUCUUCAGAUCUGCAACUUUAAAGUGGAAGGAAAGCCUGAUGGGCCGGAAGAGGCCCUUUGUCGGCCGAUGCUGUUACUCCUGCACACCUCAGAGCUGGGAGAAAUUUUUCAACCCCAGUAUCCCGUCGUUGGGUUUGCGGAAUGUUAUUUAUAUCAAUGAAAGUCACACAAGGCACCGAGGAUGGCUUGCGAGACGUCUUUCUUACGUGCUUUUUGUCCAAGAGCGCGAUGUCCACAAGGGCAUGUUUGCCACCAAUGUGGCUGAAAACGUGUUCAACAGCAGCAAAGUCCAGGAGGCAAUCGCAGAAGUGGCCACUGAGCUAAAUCCCGAUGGCUCUGCUCAGCAGCAGUCCAAGGCCAUGAGUAAAGUGCGGAAGAGGGCCAGAGGGAUCCUGCAGGAGAUGGUCGCCACCGUCUCCCCAGCCAUGAUCAGACUGACUGGGUGGGUGCUGCUCAAACUGUUCAACAGCUUCUUCUGGAACAUCCAGAUCCACAAGGGCCAGCUCGAGAUGGUUAAAGCUGCAACUGAGAUGAAUUUGCCGCUUAUAUUUCUGCCGGUUCACAGAUCCCAUAUUGACUACCUGCUGCUCACGUUCACGCUUUUCUGCCAUAACAUCAAAGCACCGUACAUUGCAUCAGGCAACAACCUCAAUAUCCCCAUCUUCAGUACCCUGAUCCAUAAGCUUGGGGGCUUUUUCAUCCGGCGGAGACUGGAUGAGACACCAGACGGACGGAAAGAUGUUCUGUACAGAGCUUUGUUACAUGGGCAUAUCGUUGAACUACUUCGACAGCAGCAGUUCCUGGAGAUUUUCCUGGAGGGCACGCGCUCCAGGAGUGGGAAAACCUCUUGUGCUCGGGCAGGCCUCCUGUCGGUGGUGGUCGACACGCUGUCCACAAACACCAUCCCCGACAUCUUGAUUAUACCUGUGGGCAUCUCCUACGAUCGUAUAAUUGAAGGUCACUACAAUGGCGAACAACUGGGCAAACCCAAGAAGAAUGAGAGCCUUUGGAGUGUAGCAAGAGGUGUUAUUCGAAUGCUCCGGAAAAACUAUGGCUGCGUCAGAGUGGACUUUGCACAGCCAUUUUCCUUAAAGGAAUACUUAGAAAGCCAAAGUCAGAAACCAGCGUCUUCUCCACUGUCUUUGGAGCAGGCAUUGUUACCAGCUAUACUUCCUUCAAGGCCCAGUGAUGCUGCUAAUGAAGGUACAGACACUUCCAUUAAUGAGUCCAGAAAUGCAACAGAAGAAGCAUUUCGAAGAAGGUUGAUUGCAAACCUGGCUGAGCACAUUCUGUUUACUGCCAGCAAAUCCUGUGCCAUUAUGUCGACACACAUCGUGGCCUGCCUGCUUCUUUACAGACACAGGCAGGGAAUUGAUCUUUCCACGUUGGUGGAAGACUUCUUUGUGAUGAAGGAGGAAGUCCUGGCUCGUGAUUUUGACCUGGGAUUCUCGGGAAAUUCAGAAGACGUGGUCAUGCAUGCCAUUCAGUUGCUGGGCAAUUGCGUCACAAUCACCCACACCAGCAGGAACGAUGAGUUCUUCAUCACUCCGAGCACCACCGUGCCAUCUGUGUUUGAACUCAACUUCUACAGCAAUGGGGUCCUUCAUGUUUUCAUCAUGGAGGCAAUCCUGGCCUGCAGCUUGUACGCGGUUCUGAACAAGAGGUGGCCGGGAGGGCCUGCUGGCAGCCCUCCCAGCUUGGUCAGCCAGGAGCAGCUGAUACAGAAGGCCACCAGCUUGUGCUACCUGCUCUCGAACGAAGGCACCAUCUCACUUCCUUGCCAGACAUUUUACCAAGUUUGCCACGAGACAGUAGGGAAGUUUAUCCAGUACGGCAUUCUCACAGUGGCAGAGCAGGAUGAUCAGGAAGACAUAAGCCCUGGCCUUGCUGAGCAGCAGUGGAACAAGAAACUUCCAGAACCUUUAUCCUGGAGGAGCGAUGAAGAAGACGAAGACAGCGAUUUCGGUGAAGAGCAACGAGAUUGCUACCUGAAGGUGAGCCAGUCUAAGGAGCAUCAGCAGUUUGUCACCUUCUUACAAAGACUCCUUGGGCCCUUGCUGGAGGCCUAUAGCUCCGCCGCCAUCUUUGUUUACAACUUCAGCGGCCCCGUCGCAGAGCCUGAAUAUCUGCAGAAGUUGCACAAAUACCUAAUAACCAGGACAGAAAGGAAUGUCGCGGUGUACGCUGAAAGUGCCACCUUUUGUCUUGUGAAGAAUGCUGUGAAAAUGUUUAAGGAUAUUGGGGUUUUCAAAGAAACCAAACAAAAGAGAGUGUCCAUUUUAGAACUAAGCAGCACUUUUCUACCUCAGUCCAAUCGACAAAAACUUCUAGAAUAUAUUUUGAGUUUUGUGGUGCUGUAGGUGACGCCUGACGCCUCUGCUAGUGAAGGGUCUGGGACGAGUUCCCCACAGGCUCUGGCCUGCGACUUGAGAACUGAAGGUGCCACCUGCGGUCAGGCUGGCCUGGCCUGAUGUGACCUUCUGGACGACAAGUGCCUUCCUCCCCCUUCAUGGAUCUGAGAUUGUCCCAUCUCCCAGGUGACACAGCAGCCUACAGACAACACUUGGAGGAGCUCCAGCCUCCAUCUGCAAAUUAGAAUCAGUAGCUAACAAAAUGAAAUCUCAAAGAAAAUUUUUUGAAGUUUAUUAAAGA